AUGCAGCAGAGCAUUCCUGAACUGCUGCUUCUGCUGCCGACUGUUGUUAUUGACGAGAGGUACGUGCAGGAUGGCCGUGUUACAAUGUCCAUGGAGGAUGCUUCUACUAUCGCUAACGCAUAUUUCCAGAUUGUGGAGGAUUAUUUGCAGCAAAGAGAAUUACACAGGGGACAGUUGGAACUUGAAAAAGAAGUCAUUCCGGCGAUUGAGUUUGCACUGCGACUCUUCAAUGCUGAAAACUUCAGUGGUGAGUUGGUACCGACGGAGCGGGAGCGGUUGGCUUCUGUGCUGCAGCGCUUCACUAUGGCUGAUGUGCCUCAUGAGCGGUGUGUGCAGCGACUGCUUGUGAGUGAUGGUGAGAUGCCACACCCGUGUCUUCGACUGGGUGGCCUUCUGUUGUGUGUCUUGGCCGUUGUCUGUAGCAAAGUGCGGGGUACGAAGCAGCCGCUUGUGCCAUAUUAUUCCGUAUGGCGUCUACGAGUUCAUAUGCGUCACCAACUUGUGUUGCAGCAUCGUGCACAUUCUUUGUUUCUUCACCUUUCCGCUUGUGUGGAUGCUGCGCUGGCUCUUCCGGAUGAGGAUCUCAGUGUUGAACAUCUCCUCGAGGUGGGCCAUGUGCAUAAUUAUUAUCACCGACGCGAUAUUGCUGCAGAAACGUUCUGGCGGGCUGUCCGAAAAAGUGGACUCUCCGUCUCUGAGAGUGCCAUGAUGGGCGUGCGUACACGGUGGCAGGAACAUCAGCUUGUGCAGAUGGUUAUGAAUGCGCAGAGUGCGUUGCCAUUUACGCCGCAAUUAGUGACGGAUGCGCCGCGGGUUGUUAUGGGCGAAAAGGAUGGCCAUGAUCUGCUUGAUCGCCCGCGCGAGACCCCAGAGAGUCCAGCACCCCCACUGCAAUCACUGCAUCCUGUCGACAAGGCAAUCAUCCUUGCUCUCUGCCUCGACAUCCGUAACGCCAAUCCGUAUCAUGGGCUAACGCAGCAUCACAUGCAAACAUAUGUGGAACGACUACUUGUCGACCCCGCACCCGCACCAUUUAUGAUUCAGUCUCAAAUGCUUCUUAUACGCAGUCGGCUAGAACGUCGACGCAAUCGGGUGCAGGAAAGAGCCUUUAUGCAGAUUACAGAGUUGGUGGACCAAUUUUCCGCAGCACGCGAUCCCACACGCGAGACGUUUCACCGCACAGAAAGUGACUACUUUUAUAGUGUGGCAUAUCCAUCUAUUUGGCAUUUAAAGAGUGAAUACGCGGAUUUCUGCUACGAGGAGAAACUCUUUAAAACAGCCCUUGAUGCCUAUGAACAGGUGUUGGAUUGGGAGAAUAUCAUUAAGUGCUGCAAAGCGCUGGACAAGCGAAAACGAGCGGAAUCUCUUGCACGCGAUCUUCUGGAAACCGACCCAUGCAAUCCUUUUUUAUGGGUGGCGCUUGGAGAGGCAACACGCGAUGUGUCACAUCUCUGGAAGGCUUGGGAUUUGUCUAAUCACCGAUCCGCAGCCCCUAUGCGUGCCUUGGCGAAGCUGGCACUCGAGCGAGAGGAGUAUAGCAAAGUGGUGGAGCACUUUGAUGAGGCCGUGCGGUUGAAUCCUGUGUUUGGCGGCGACUGGUUUUCUCUCGGGUACGCGGCAAUGCGGCUUGAACAGUGGGGUCGCAGUGGGGAAGCCUUUACGCGUGUUUGUCAAAUUCAACCAAAUGAUGCGUACGCGUGGAAUAAUCUUGCGUCGGUGCUUCUGCGUGAUGGGAGACUUCGGCCUGCGUUUAAUGCCAUGAGCCAGGCGUUGCGCAAUAAUCGCCGUGACUGGCGCAUGUGGCAGAAUUAUUUCUCUAUUGGCUGUGAGCUGAAGGAGGUAACCGAGACAACAAAUGCGUUGAAUGUUUUACUGGAAAUAGCGAAAAGAAACACACAAUUGGAACGGGAAUCGCUUCACCGCUUUGUGGAUAAUGCCAUUGCGUACAUGGAGGGCCGUAUUCCUGCCAGCUCCAAGGAUCAAAUGGAGGGGGUGGAAGAGUCGCAUUUGCUCGCCGCUUUCAUGGAGGAUGAAGAAGAGCAAAACAUGUGUGAUAUCAUUCCCAUUGCUAGUGAUGUCGAGAUGCCCGAGGCAUUUUUGGAGUCUGGCAGGAGGGCGGCCUCCGUGAAGGAGGCGGAGGGGGUGCGGGAAGGUAUCGUGGAGCGGUACAAGCAACGCAUGCGGGAGACGUUUAAGCGAAUCACCGAUCUUUUUGUGACAGACCCGGACAUUUACGCCUGUGGAGCGAAGUUACUUCGUUACAUGGAUGGCCCCUUGAGGGCGUACGAGAUGCGAUUGAAGGAGUUGCGCUGCUGCCAGCAGAAGGACCAAUGGGAGCGGGAUGAGGCUCGUUUUGCCCGCACCUGUGAGUGUCUUCGUGACAUGACAACCGACGUGCUUGCCGCACUUGACGACGGGAUUGCAGCUUCUAACACUUUGGGUGGCAGGAAUGAUGUGCAGGAGGCCGUGAUUUCGGCGUUGGACGACACGCGGAACAACACGACGGCCGUCAUUGAGGCGGCGCAAGAUUACAUGGGUGACGCCGCAGACUACGCCCAGCUGCGAUCGGUGCUGCUACCGCAACUACGAGGGGGCUUGCAGAAGGCAAAAUCGGCGUUUAAUUCGGACUAA